AUGAUAGGCACACUCGUGCCGUCAUGGUGGAAAUUCUACGAAGUGACGCCCGCCGAGUUGGCCGUCGUCAGUAUCGAGUGGGGAUUCACGCUCGGAUGGACGAUAUUCGCCACCGGGACGGCCAUGAAACAGACGCUACACAUCUGGAGACGCAAAAAACGCAUCACCAUGUAUAUCGUAAUGAUCUGGGCCGAGCUGGUUGCUAGCUCCAUCAUCGGCUUCUUUGGUUGGUUUUACAUGAUGGGCAUGAUUCCGCCAAGGCAAGGCCAAGAUCGAAGCACCCUGACAGAAGAAUGCGCUUCACUAACACAAUCCCCCUGGGCCGUUUCUCGGGGACGAGUUCAAUGCAGCUUCGAGUUCUUCUUCUUCGUGCUCUUCUUCUGGGUGAUCCAAAUUCAAGUCAUCCUGCAGAUCAUAGUCAACCGCGUGGGGCUGCUCCUUCCCGACAAGCACCAAGUACGCAACAUAAAGUGGUGCGUCGCCGGCUACGUGGGCAUAAUCAACGUCAGCGUCUUCUGCAUCUGGCUGCCCGCCCAGCUCCAGCGCUCCACCACCUACGUCCACCUCAACCACAUCUGGGACCCCGUCACCAAAGCUCUCUUCCUACUCCUCGACGCCGCCCUCAACUGCUACUUCCUAUAUAUAAUCCGCCGCGACCUUAUCGCAAACGGUUUGCGCAAGUAUAUAACUUUAUUCCGGGCUAACGCCGGCCUAGCCAUGGUUUCCGUCUUCAUGGACAUCGCCAUAAUCCUGUCCAUGCUCUCCAAAAACCCCUUCGUCUACGUGCAAUUCCACCCCCUCGCCUACCUGGUCAAACUCUCCAUCGAAAUGUCCCUCGCCGACCUCAUCGCCAAACUCGUCCGUGCCGCCGCCGCCGCCUCCUCCAUCACCACCUCCUCGCCUCUCUCCAACACUCUCACCGUCGACAACUGCGCUACUACUACUACCACCACCACCACUACCGUUGCCGCUGCUGACGACUGGAGGCCGCCGGAGAGGGAGCUGAAGCAAUCAUGUGAUCGGGGUCGCCAGCUGAUCAACGGCGGCGCAGCAGCAGCAGAAGCCGACGAUGGCGGUGGAUCGUCCUCCUUCAAAACCAUCGGGAGAGUGGAUUUUGUGAUUGGGAGGGAGGACCACGUUGCUGGCGACGCAGGGGAAGGUGACGAGGUAGCGGCGGAUGGUGGAUGGAGAGGCCAAGAAGGGCAGAGUACGGAUGUUUGA